CUCUGCAUUCCCUGCACAAGACCAGGAAGGGAGAGCUUUUACAUUGCCCUCUAUUUCUUCCCUCGUAAAACCCCUCCUCUUCAACCACGAAAAUAUGCUCUCAAGCUUUAAUCCAUCAAUCAACCUUCUAUCUUUUUAUUCAUACAAAAUUGAUUCCUGCAGCAUCGAAUUGUAACUGAUCAAUUUAUAUCGGAAAUUAUGCAAUAUUCUCGUAACGAGCCGUUGAUCACUUCGUCGGAGGACUACUCGAUGACGUCGGCGUCGAUUGAGACAGGGAGGGAUAGCAGCAGCUCAUCAUCACUGGUGUACAGGGGCAGCCAGCUGCCCCCCUACGCAUCUUCCUCCUCCUCCUACUCGGACCGUUGCGGCAACCCUCUAAGCGGGGAGAGCUCCCCAUUCAACAUGUCCCCGUGGCACCAUUCCAUUCCACUCGCCCUCAUCAAUGGCGGCUCCUGUGUUGAUUCUAGCAGCUGGUCUAUGAGUUCAAUCCCUAGCGCCCCAACGCAAGCCAUCGUGACCAGCCUUAUCGGCUCCCCCGUCCCGGCGGGAGGGCACAUCUCUUCUGCAGGUCCUCUGCUCUACACCGGUUCAGAUAGCAAAAACAUUCGGGUGUGGAAGAACCAGAAGGAUUACGCCGCCUUCAAGUCCAGCAGCGGUCUCGUUAAGGCCAUCAUUAUUGCCAGCGGAGACUGCAUCCUGACGGGGCAUCAAGACGGAAAGAUUCGGGUUUGGCGGAUAUCCUCCAAGGAUCCCGCAGCCUACAAACGCGCAGGCAGCCUACCUCGUCUCAAAGACUUGAUUAAGUGCUCCCUCAACCCAUCCAACUACAAGGAGAUUCGCCCCCGCCGGAGGGCUCUUUGGAUUCGCCACUGCGAUGCCGUGUCCUGCCUCAGCUUCUGCAAAGAGCAGGGCCUCCUCUACUCCGGUUCAUGGGAUCGAACCUUCAAGGUGUGGCAAAUAGGCGAUUCAAAGUGCAUCGAGUCCGUGGUUGCACACGAUGACGCCGUCAACUCUGUGGUGGCCGCCAGCUUCAACGGCUUCGUCUUCACCGGCUCGGCUGAUGGCAGCGUCAAGCUGUGGCGGCGGGAGCUGCAAGGCAAUAGAUGCAGGCACAAGUCGGCUCAAAUAUUGCUGAAGCAGGACAACGCCAUCACAGCUCUUGUUAUCAGCCCCACGGCUCCGGUCGUGUACAGCUCCUCCUCAGAUGGGCUGAUGCUGCAUCUGUUCAAUCAUGGCGGGGUGCUGAGCGGUCAUAAACUGGCGGUAUUGUGCCUUGCGGCAGCUGGCAAGCUGGUCCUGAGUGGAUCGGCUGACAAAACCAUCUUUGUGUGGAGGAGGGAGGGUGCGGGCGUGCACUCCUGCCUCUCUGUUCUCACCGGUCACUCGGGACCAGUGAAGUGUCUCGCAAUUGGGGAGGAGGAUAACAGGGAUCGGGGUGAUGGUGUUGCUCGCCUAGACCUAAACCUAGACCAUUCAUCAUCCUCUCAACGAUAUUCAUCCGAUGCCUGUGCCGCCACAUUCCUCCUCUACAGCGGCAGCCUGGACAAAUCGGUUAAGGUGUGGCGAGUAUCUGAAGUGCCACCCGAACCGCUGCUCUGGAGUACACACUCCUUCCCACCCGAUCCAAACUAGCAAAUUAUGAUCACGCCCGCUUGCACCUUCUCUGCUCCGAAUUUCCAUGCAUUGCCAUCUUCAGCACCCCCGCUAUUUUUCCACUUUCCAGGCUCUAGCUAUAAGAUUUGUAUGUUUUUCCCUUUUGAUGCUGGAUAUAUAUAUA